AUGGAAGAUGCAUGUACAGGAGAGGAGGAAAAUUAUUUUAUAAGUAUAGACACAAUUGUAAGUAAAUAUGAAUCAUUUUUAAACAAUGGAUUAGGAUAUGAUGAAUUAAAUACACUUAUAGAGAACUUUAUUUAUCAAUAUAAUUCUCUUGAUGAAUGUGAAGUAAAAUUAAUUGAAAUAAUAAAAAAGUGUGAUAAUUAUAAAUGUAAAAUAUUUAAAAAUAAAUACUUAUUUAUAACAAACAUUAUAAAACAAAUAUGUCAUACUGAGUUAAUACCAAUCAUUUAUAAUGAAAUAUUACAAGAGAAAAAUGAAGAAAUUGAAUCUGUUUAUUUGAGUAGAGAUGAUUUUAAAUUGCUAGAAAGCAAAAAAGAGUCAGAUGAUAAUUUUAAAAAAAUAUGUGAAAGAGUAUAUAAAAAAUAUAUAUUAGUAUUUAUAAAAAUUCUAUAUUAUUCUUCAAAUAUUUCUUCUAAUUUACAUAAUAAUUUAUUAAGUUCUUUGUCAUAUAUUUGUAUAUUAAUAUCAAAAUACCAUUCUUUUAAUACCCCAAAUGAAAAAUUUUCAGAGCUUAUUUAUAGAAUAUUUUGGAAUUAUUUUUCUAAAAAUUUUGAUAUUAUUAAUGAAAAUUCUAUUUUUUUAAAUAAUGAAGAAAGCGAUAUAUCUUCAUCUUAUUCCUCUGGUUAUUCUGAACUUUACACUGAAGAUCGAUAUAUGGAAUUUGAAAAUAAUAAUAGCAAAAUUGGUGAUAAUGAAAAGUCUGAGUUUGAUGAAAAUAAAAAAAAUGAAAUUGUACAUGAUUUAAUUGUUUCUACAGAAAAAGAACAUCCAGGAGAAAAAAAAAAAAAAAGAAAAAAUGAAAAAAAAGAUGAUUUAAAAAAUGAAAAUGUUACUAAUGAAGUGAAUCAAAAUAUGGAAGAAUCUGGUGAUAUCAACAAAAUACAAAAUGAUGAAAAAGAGAAAAAAAAAAAACGAAAAAAAAAAAGAAAAGAUAAGGAAAACAUAGAAAAUAAUUCUAAUAAUAUGAAUUCAAAUUUAAACAAUGAAAAUGAUGAGGAAAAUAAAAUAAACAAUAGUAGCAAUAUAGAUGAUAAAGAUUCACAAAAGUGUAAAAUAGAAAUAACAAAUAAAAAGGAACAAACAGAAACACCAAUUAGUGAUAAAACUAGCCCAAUUUGUUCUGAAACAACGCCAAUCAUUCAAGGAGGAAAUAAUUUAUUACCUGUAAAAAAAAAACAAAGAAAUAUAAAUAAAGUUAAAAAUAAUGAGGAAAAUAGCGAUAUAAAUAGCUCUAAAAUUGGUGAUACAUUAUUAAAGUUUGAUAAAAAAAAUGCCAAUAAUGCAACAACGAUAUUCAAUUUAAACAACGGAAUAGUACCAGUAGAAGAAUUGAAGGGAAAUGAUAAAAUAGCUAAUAUGAAUAAAAAUAAAGAUAUUCAUAAAAAAUUCGAUAUUAAUAAUGAAAAUGUCAUGUUUGUUAAUAUAAUUUUAAAUGUUUAUAUUAAUUUAUUUAAUACAAAAAAAAAAAAAAUGUUUAUUUUUUACGAUGAUAAUAAAAUUCAAUAUAAAGAAUUUCUUUUAAAUAAUAUUGAGAUAAUAAUUAAUCAAAUGAAAAAUAUGAUAAUUAAAAUAAGAAAUAAUUUAGACGGAUCUAUUAUUUAUUUUUUAAGAUUGAUAUUUUUGCUUAUCUUAUUUUUAAAUAAGCAAGCUAAAAAAUAUUCAAAACAUAUCAUAGAAGAUAAUAAUGAUAACAACAGUUCUUGUAAUUAUAAUUAUGAUAUAGAUAAAAAAAAUCAAACACAUAAUAUGCUAGAUCGAAAAAAAGAGGAAAAUGAUAAUAAUAGUUCCUCUGGUUCUAGUUUAGAUAAUAGUAAUUCAGAUUUAUCUAACUCUAUUCCUGAUUCUAAUUAUUUAACACUUAGUAAAAAAAGAGAAAUGAUAGAAGAAAAUAUAGAGCAACGGGAAUAUUUUAAUGGCAAUUUUAAUGGAAAUUUUAAUGGCAAUUUUAAUGGAAAUUUUAAUGGAAAUUUUAAUGGCAAUUUUAAUGGCAAUUUUAAUAGCAAUUAUAAUGGCAAUUUUAAUGCCAAUUUUAAAGGUCUGAAUAGUGCUAGUAGUGAUAUAGUUUUAAACUCUGAUGAUAGUAAUAUGUUUGUAAAGGGUUUUAAUUAUACUUAUAAUAUAGGAGAUAUUAAAAAAGAGUUUAAUAGAAAACAGAAUAAUGUUAGUCCAAUUUUGGGAAAAAAUAAUUUUAUAUUAAAUGAUGAAAAUAACUCAAUACUUGAAAAUCAAAGUGCACCCAUAAAUAACAGUUUUAACAUAAAUAAUACCAGAAUACCAAACGAUUAUAAUUAUUUAAAUUUUAAUGAUCGAAAUGGUGAUUAUUCAGAUUUUGGAAAUAGCAACAAAUCAUCAAACUAUAAUGGAAUGCCAAAUGAAAAUGGUUUAUAUAAUAACAGUCGUGAUAAUUUAUAUUUAAAUUCUAAAAGCCUUUAUGAGGAUUCUGGAUAUAAUAUGAAUGAAUAUAAUAAUAUGGAAAAAAUAUCUCCAGAAUUCAAUAAAAAUAUAUAUGGACGUCAAAAUGUUGAUACUAUAAAUAUUAGCAAAGAUGGAAAUACAAAUGUUUAUCAUAAUAAUUCUAGAAGUUUUAGUAAUGGUAUAUUUGGAAGAGAUAGAAAUGUUAGUAAUAUCAAUCGGGGAAAUGAAAUUCCACGAAGAUCUACAUCAAACUUGAAUAGUUCAAGAGCAGGGUCUUAUUUUUUAAAUAAUCUAAAAAAUAUAUAUCAAGGACAAAAUAAUAGUAAUUAUAGUCCUACUAUUAAUCAAAAUUUAGAUGUAGCAAAUUCUAAUUCUAUAAAUUCAUAUAGAGAAGAUUGUGAUGUGAUGUGGAAUGGUGAUGAUAAUAAUAAUAUUUUGAACUUUAAUUACAUACAAAAUAAUCUGAAACCAAAAUCGAAAUCUGAAACUAUACUUGAUUUAUUAAAUGAUAUAUAUGGUACAACAAAUCAUAUUAAUAAUAAUAUAAAUCAUGGAUAUAGAAAUGCAUAUAAUAAUUUUAGUUCAAAUUAUUAUGAUAAUAUUCAUAACAUAGUUAAUAAUAAUUAUGAUAAUAAUAAUAAUCUUCUUGAAAUGUUAGAUACACUUUUGAAAUGUGUAGAAAAUAAUUUCAACGAAGUAAAUAUUUUGAUAGUAAAUAAAAUAUUUUUGUGUAUGUUAAAAAGUUUAGAGUUUUGCAACGAAUCAAAUAAAUAUAAAAUAUACACAUUUAUAAUUAGUAAAAUUGAUAAAUUUAUUAAAAUACGAAGAUAUGGAGAUAAUAAUUCUACUUUAAAUAGUUAUAAUUGUUAUUUUUUGUUAAAUUUUAUAUUAAAUUUGUUUAAAAAUGAAUACAAAAAAAAAAACAUUUGGUAUAUACUAUUCGAGAUUCAUGUUAAUAAAAUUAGAAAAAAAAAUUAUUUUAAAAUGAAUACAACACAAUUUGAUGAAAAUAUAAAUGCAGCAGAUGCUGCAUAUAACAACAUUGGAACUAACAUUAUUGGAAAUGAAAAUCCCCGACGAAGUAACAGCAGUAUGAUAAAUAUGAUAUCUCCACCAAUAAUAAAAGGGAAACAAAUGAAUUUAAAUAUGUAUCAAAAUGAAAUGAAUAUGUAUCAAAAUGAAAUGGGGAAUUCUAUACAAAGAGGUUUUUAUAACAAUACUCCACGAAAUGAUAGUAACAAUUUGGGUUAUCUAGAAAAUGAAAAAGAUUUUAUAGAAAUGAGUGAUGGGAAAAUUUUUCUUUUAAAUAAUAUAAUAAAUUUUUUAUUGGAAUGUUGUAUUAGUAAAGGUCCAGUAAUAAGAUAUACAAGUUUGAAAAUAUUUUAUUUGAAAACAAUAUUAUUAAUAGAAUUUUUAAAAAAUAAAAAAUUAAAUUAUGAAGAAAAAUUAUUGAAAAAAUAUAUAUCUAAAAAUAUUUACCAAAAUUUUUUUUUAUGUAUAUUUAACACCUUAAAAGAACAAGAUACAAAUAUAUUUAUUUAUAUAAAAUUUCGAAAUUUAUGUUUAAAUUUGUUAUACAUUUGUUCAAAAUUAUUAUCACAAAAAUUUUUAAAAGAAUUCUAUGAUAAAAUAAUUUGUCCAAGCUUAUUUUGUAUUGAACCAUUUUAUAAAAAUAAAGAAUCAGAAUUAAAUACUAAACUAAAUUUAGAUGAAGAAAAGCUAAAACAUAUAUAUUCUAUUUUCAUAAAAAAUUCAAAGGAUCACUAUUUAUUUUCAUAUAUUAUGUUAUUUAGAAAUAUAAAAAAUAUUAAUCUAAAUUUUAAAAUUUGUAAAAAUAUUAUUAAUGUAUCGUUAGAAGAGCUUCAAGUUAUAUUAGAAAAUUUAGUUUUAAAAGAAAAAAAUCCGAAAAAAAAAGGUGGAGCACAAAUAGAUCAAUAUAAUAAUACUAAAGAAAAAGGGGAAAGAAAAAAGAGAACUAGUAAAAAUAAUAUUAAUGUAAAUGAUGAAAAUUCAAAUAAAGCAGUAGAAGAAAAUAAAAUAAUACUUGAAAAUGAAAAAAAAGAAGAAAUUGAUAACACAGACAAAUUUAAAAGUUUUGUUGAAAUGAAAGAAAAUACACAUUCAAAAAAAAAAAAAGAACCUCAUAAAAUAGAAUGCUUAAAUGUAAAUAAUAUAAAAAUAAGUGACUUUUUAUGUAAUAGUAUAUUAGUAAAUAAAAUAACAAAUGAUAAAAAUAUAGAUCUAAAAGAAGAAAUUUUUAAAAAUGUAUAUUUUAUAAACAUUUUUUAUUUUUUAGAAUUAAAAAAAUUAAAUUGUUAUGAUAAUAAUUUUAUUUACUAUGUUUUAAAUUCAAUUUUUUGUUUUCUUAAUAUAUAUGUGAAUCGAUUUGCAUUUUGUCUUUAUUUCCUUAAUGACAUGAACGAAUAUACAAGUGAUGUUGAUAUUUCAGUGACCUCUUUUAUGGAAAAUACAAAAAUGAAUGAGAAAAAUAUAAACCAAAAGAAAGAAUACAAAUUUUCUGAAGAAUUUCUCCUUGAAUUUUUAUCAUUACUAAAAAAUUCAUUAUUGGUUAUUUCACUAAUUGAAGAUAAUUUAAUUAAUAUAAAUAUUGAAACGAUAUUAAAAAAAAAAAUAAAAGGAAAAGAGUUGAUAAAUAUAAAAAAUUUUAAAAAACUUGUUAUUAUAGAAUUACAAAAAUUUUAUUUUGUUUUUAUAAAAAUAUUAAAUGUUGUACUUAUACUAAAUAAACUAUAUGGAUAUUGUUUAACCCCAUUUGAAUAUUUUUUUUUUAAGUUAGUACAAUUUUUAGAUAAUGAGCUUAUUGAUAUGCAUACAAAAUGGCAUAUUUUAAAAUUAAUAAAAUUUUUUUCUUAUAAAAAAAAAUUCAACGACACAAUUCAUAGUAGAAUCACUCACUUUUAUUCGAAAAUCAAAUAUAAAAAAAAAAAAAUAUUCGAGCACUUUUCAAAAAGAGACAUGACAAAUCACGAAUAUGUAGAAUACCCCACAAAAAGACCACCUGAGCAAAAUAGCCAAGACAAAAGUGAAGGAGAGCAAAAUGAAGGAGAACAAAAUGGAGGAGAACAAAAUGGAGGAGAGCAAAAUGAAGGAGAACAAAAUGGAGGAAUACAAAAUGAGGGAAUACAAAAUGAGGGAAUACAAAAUGGAGGAAUACAAAAUGAAGGAGAACAAAAUGACGGAAAACAAAAUGAGGGAAAACAAAUUACCAAUUGUGCGAAUGUGAAGGAAGGCAAAGAGAAUGGUAAUGAAGCGAUUGAAACGGGAGAAAAUGAAAAAAAAAAAAGAAGAAGACGAAGUACAAAAUUAUCAAAUACAAAUGUAGAGAAAAAAAAUGUUAAAGAUGAAAUUAAAAUAGAAAAUUUAAAGAAUGAACAAAAUUUUGAAAAAGUAAAAAAUGAUAGUGGUGAUGUAACAACAAAUAACAAUGAGGAAACAAAUAAUAUUUGUGGUAAUAAUAUCAAUAAUGGAAAAGGAAAUCGAGAAAUUAAAAAAAAAAAAAAUAACACCAAAAAGGAGGAUGAUAAAGAUCAAGAACAGAAAGAUGAUACUACCCCAACUAACAAUAUAGAAAAUGUAGAAGGGAAUAAUAAUAAUUUUAAAGACGAUAAUAUUAAUGGUAAUAUGCCAAAUGAAACUCAAGAUAUAAAAAUAACAUUAACAGAUAAUACAGAAGAAGAAGCAAGACGAAGUAGAUAUGGAAGGAAAAGUGGUGUUAAUAAAAAAGAAAAAAAUUUUAGUAUCUUAAUAGAAGAAGAAAAUGAGCGUAAAAAAAAUGCAAGAAAAAUAAUUGCAUCUAGAGGGGUUGCAAAAACAGGUGGCAGGAAAAGAAAUAGCAAUAAAAAAAUAAUCAUAGAAACUAAUACUGAUAAUAAUGUAAAUAGCGAUAUAAUUAAUAAUGAAAUUUCUAACGAACCCAAUGAUGAUAAUAAUAAUAAUAAUAAUAAUAAUAAUAAUGAGAGUAUACAAAAUGAUCAAAUUAAUAAUACAUGUGAAAUUUUUCAACAAGAAGAUAUUAUUUCAACUUUAGUAAAAGAAAUAGAUAUUGGAAAAAUCAAAGAGGAGGAUACAUUAAGAGUUAGCACAAAUAACAAAAAUAAAAAUCCAAGUCCUUAUAUUAUUGUAAAUAAAGGAAAUGGCGAGCCAGAAAAAUCAAUCAUAGAAAAAAGACACAAUAACACUACACACAUCAAUAUAAAUAUGAACUAUAAUUCUAAUUUCAAUAGUGCUAAGGACUAUAAGUUGGAGAAUAGUUUUUAUGAAAGUAUCGAACUUUUUUUAUCAAGUAUUUUUAUUUUUGGAAAAAGUGAUAAAUUAAAAAAAACCGAUAUUUUUAUUGAUAAUUUAAAAAAAAUGAAAGAAUUAAUUGAAUUUUGUAAAAUGUAUAAUAUUGAAAAAGGGAUAGAAAAAAUUCUAAAAUAUUUAUUCUAUUAUUUAAGUAAAAUAAAAACUAAAAAAAUAUAUAUUUUUAAUAUGAUAAAAUUAAUUAUAAAUUCAUUAUUAUAUGUACCAAUUUCGAAAAAUUCAGAUAUUCCAUUUUUUUUUAUCUCUUUUUGUUAUUUAUUUAAAAAAGCUUCUAAAAAAUAUUUUAAUCAAAUUAUUAUUCAUAAUUUUAUUAUCAUUUCUUCUGCUUAUGUUAAUAUAUUAAAUAAAAUUUAUUCGAGUAACAAAAAGAUAUACAAUGAUAAUAAAACAGAUGUGAGCACAUGUAAUACACAAAAUCAAGAAAAUCAAGAGAAUCAAGAGAAUCAAGAGAAUCAAGCGAAUCAAGCGAAUCAAACGGAUCAAACGAAUCAACCGAAUCAAACGAAUCAACCGAAUCAACCGAAUCAAACGAAUCAACCGAAUCAACCGAAUCAAACUGAGUACAACCAAACCAAGGAUAACUUAAAUCAAACUUGUGAAAAUGUUACUCUUAAAAAAGGUGAUGAUAAUAAUGUAGAAAAAGGUAAUCCUUGUGAUGUUUUAAGAAAUGAUAUAAUUUUAUCCAACGAAAUCACAAAAAAAUGUAGUGGGGAUAAUGGAAAUAAAAUAAUAAACAGAUUAAAUGGAAAUAAGGAUAGUAAAUCAAUAAAAGUUGAACAAUAUUUUUAUUUUCCAUCAAUAAAAAGUGAAAAAAAAAAAAUAACUGAUGAGUUGCUAUUAAAUUUAAUAAAUUUAUAUAUAAAUUUUAUGUGCUCAUUUUAUUCUUAUUAUUUAACAUUAUAUGAAGAUAAUUAUAUUAUUAUGAAAAAUAUAUUGAUUAUAGGAAUUCAUAAAUUGUUAGAUAUAAAAAGAAGAGAAAAUAAAAAAUUGUCAUGUUAUAUUUUAUCAUUUAUUUAUAUUUUAAUUUGUCUUUUAUUAAAAGUAAAAAUAAAGGAAGAAUUCGUAUUAACAUUAAGAAGCUAUAAAUUCAGUAAAGAAAAAAAGAAUGAAAAAAUUAAAGAAGCCAAAACAAGACAAACAAACCGAGGUACAUAUAAUAAUAAUUAUAAAUUUGGAAUAAAAGGUGAAGAUCAUAAUAAAUAUGCUGAUAACAAAAAUUUUGAAAACAAAUAUGGAAACAAUAAAAAUGAAUCAGAUGAAAUGAAAAAGAUUAUAGUAAAAUAUUUAAUCAAUGUAAUUGAUGAGGAUAAAUGUAAGAAUAUAAAUUUAAGUAACUCAAAUAAAUUAAGCCAAAAUAUUAAAAACAUAUUAAAUAAAAAUAAAUUUGAUGAUUUAGGGGGAUACAAUUAUUUUCCAAAUCAAGUUUUUUAUAAAAAUAAAAUGGAUAAAAAUAUUGAAAAGAUAUUUCUUUCAAAAAAAAAGAAUAAAUUUGUUAUAACAUCAUCAUUAAAUGUCAAAAAAAAUUUAAAAGUAAUUAAUAAUAUUUAUGAUAAUUUUUCUUAUAAAUUUUUAUUUACGCUUUUGUCGGAACCUAUAUUAUAUGAAACAAACAAUAACACAAUGAUAAAUCAUGAUUUUAUAAAUGAUAUGGAAAAUGAUCAAAGUUAUAUAAAAUAUAAUUUAUUAGAUUAUAUUAUAUAUUCUUGUUUUUAUGUUAUUUUUUCAAAAAUAAAAUUAGUGAGAAUUAAAAAAAUAAAUUAUAAUAUUGAUAAAAAUAUGAAUAAGAAAAAAAAAAAUAAAAAAAACACAAAAAACGAAAGCAAUAAUAAUACAAAACCAUUUCAAAUGGAUUCUUACAUUUAUAACACAAAACAAAAUUCGAUUUUUCAAUUUUAUUUAUCAAUUGAAAUAUUAAAUAUAAUUUUUCUUAAUAUUAAAUAUCUUCCUUUUAAUUCAAUUAAAUUAAUUAUAGACACAUUUAUAAACAAAGCAAUGUUAUCUUUAUGGAUAAAUGAUAAAACUGAUAAUAUUGUAGAAAACAAAUUUCAAAAUUUAUUUUUUAAUUUUUUUUCUGGAAUUUUUUAUUUGCAAUCACCAAAUACAUUUAUAGAAUUACCAAAUUUACUUUAUCAAUACAAUAAAACACUUCGUUUUUUACAACUUGUAUCUUAUUCUAAAAUUUUUAUUAAAAAAGACACUACAAUAAAUUCCACUAUUUUAGAUAUAAUUAAUUACUGUUUCCCUCCAAUCAAUGAUGAUAGUGAUCAAAAUAAUUCUGGAAAAACAAAUGAUGAAAAAAAAGUAAUUGAAAUACCUCAACGAAUAUUGCGAAGCAAAAAAGAUAAACAAUUGUAG